CCAAUUACACCCUAACCCCACUUCCCUCCCAGAUUUCGACUUUUGGAGGACCAAAUUAAACCCUAACUUCCCCAAACCCCCUCAAUUGAAAGUUGAAACCUCCAACAAAACCCUAACUCCCCCCAAACCCUAGCCCUGCGAUUCAUAGACUUGAAGAGCAAGAGCUGAAAUCUUCCAAUUUUCGAGAAUAAUUAAUGGAUUUCGACGAGUACGAGUAUUUGGAGAAAACCGUGGAGGAGCAGGAAGAUUCGAAGAAGAAGACCAAAGACGGAGGAGGAGCGGGGGAUAAGAGCGAGAGAAGCUAUAGGAAGAGAGAUAGCGAGAGAGAUGAAGAGGAUGAUGAAGGCAAGAGCAGUAGCAAGAAAUCGAGAAGCGGUCGCGAAGAGGACGACGAGGAGAGGCGAGAUCGUGACAAAGAUCGGCGUAGAAGCAGCCGCGAUAGAGAAAGGGAAAGGGAGAGAGAUAGGGAUAGAGAUUUAGAGAGGAGGAGCAGUAGAGGAAGGGAAAAGGAAAAAGAUAGAGAAAGGGAUAGGGAAAGAGAAAGGAGAGAUAGGGAUAAGGAGAAAGAGAAAGAGAAAGAGAGAGAUAAGGAGAGGAGAGAGAGGGAAAAGGAGAGAGAGAGGAGGGAAAGGCAGAAGGAGAAGGAAAGGGAGAGAGAGAGGAGAGAGAGAAGCAGCAGUAGGUCGAGGAGGCACGAGAGUGAGCUCGAGCGAGAGAAGGAGCGGGACAGAGAACGUGACAUUGACAUCAGAGACAGCAGGAAAUUUAAAGACAAGAAGGAAGCAACAGAGCCUGAAGCUGAUCCUGAGAGGGACCAGAGAACCGUUUUUGCUUAUCAGAUGCCUCUAAAAGCAACGGAGAGAGAUGUCUAUGAGUUCUUCUCAAAAGCAGGAAAGGUGAGGGAUGUUCGGCUGAUCAUGGAUAGGAACUCAAGACGAUCAAAGGGAGUUGGGUACAUUGAGUUUUAUGAUGUGAUGUCUGUUCCAAUGGCAAUAGCGUUGUCUGGUCAACUGCUUCUUGGUCAACCUGUGAUGGUUAAACCUUCUGAGGCUGAAAAGAAUCUUGUUCAGUCCAAUACUUCUGGUGCAGGCACAGGAGGUGUUGCUGGGCCAUAUGGAGCUGUUGAUAGAAAAUUGUAUGUGGGUAACCUGCACUUCAAUAUGACAGAAAUGCAGCUUAGACAGAUAUUUGAACCUUUUGGCCCAGUUGAGCUUGUACAACUACCACUUGACCUUGAGACUGGGCAGUGCAAAGGUUUUGGAUUUGUUCAGUUUGCUCAACUUGAACAUGCAAAAGCAGCUCAAAGUGCAUUGAAUGGAAAGCUGGAGAUUGCUGGUCGAACCAUUAAGGUUUCAUCUGUUACUGAUCAUGUUGUUACCCAAGAUACUGCAGCAAAAUCUGCUGACUUCGAUGAUGAUGAGGGUGGUGGCUUGGCCUUGAAUGCUCAGUCAAGGGCAUUGCUUAUGCGGAAGCUGGACCGCUCUGGUAUUGCGACAAGCAUUACGGGCUCCCUUGGAGUACCCCUCCUUAAUGGGUCAGCUCCGAGUCCACAGGCUGUUACUUUACCCGUCAAUGGCCAAGCUGCAUAUCCAACACCAAUUCUACCUCCAAUCAUGUCUACUACGGCCCUUGAUUCUGUUGGCCAGCCCAGUGAAUGUUUGCUGCUGAAGAAUAUGUUUGAUCCUGCAACUGAGACGGAACCAGAUUUUGAUUUGGAUAUUAAAGAGGAUGUCGAAGAAGAAUGCAGCAAAUAUGGCAGGGUGAAGCAUAUAUAUGUAGACAAGAACAGUGCCGGAUGCGUCUAUCUGCGAUUUGACUCCGCAGAAGCGGCAGGUAAAGCUCAACGUGCAAUGCACAUGAGGUGGUUUGCGGGCCGAUCAAUAUCAGCCUUAUUUAUGCAACCCCAGGAGUACGAAGCGAGGUUUAAAUGCUGAAGCAGAAGCAAUAGUGGAUUUGUUUGUUAUGAUAUGAUGUGUGUUGAUGGGUGGUAGGGUAUUACUUUACUUUUGAAGACGCGUUUUAUUCUGCUGAGUUUAGAAUUUUAUUAUUAUAAGCAUAGUACACAACGACCUAAUUGUAAGAUAAAUGUUAUUUGCUAACUCAUUUUUUGUUCUGUAAUAACGAUAGAAUUUCGGAUGUCUUUAUGAUUCA